AUGGCCUGUACCGGCCUCACCGUGCCUCUCAUCGCGGUGAGCGUGUUCUGGGGCUUUGUCGGCUUCCUGGUGCCCUGGUUUAUCCCAAAGGGUCCCAACCGGGGAGUCACCACGUUGGUGACCUGUUCCGUUUGCUGUUAUCUCUUUUGGCUGAUUGCAAUUCUGGCCCCACUCAACCCUCUCUUUGGACCACAGUUGAAAAAUGAAACCAUCUGGUACCUCAAGCAUCAUUGGCCUUGA